UCUUAGGGCCGAGGUUUUCCAAAUGAAACAUCGGUUACUCCGAAAAUGGCGAAAGUGUAACUCAGUGUCAUAAUAAAACUGUUAAUUAUGCAUAGUUGAUAUAAAAACUGGGAAUGAAUGAAGCGUCCGAUGGUUUAAAAGAUAAUUCAGAAGAAAGAAACGAUGCAACGAAGGAGAAGACGGACACGAAAACGGAGGGGAAUGCCACCCAAAACAUAGCUGAAAACGCAAGUAGGACAACAAAAAUGGUUGAAAACUCGGGUCAAAAAUCAACUUCUGCUGAUUCAAAAUCAGAGAAGGUUAAAAAUGAUAAAUAUUUUAAUGACAGAAAAUAUGAGUCAAGAGAUAGACCGCCCUAUAGAGGUGUCAACGGGUAUAGACCCAGUCCUGGUGGUAGGGGCCGCAGGGAUGAUGACAGGAGAUCAAGCCCAAAUAAACAAUUUCGUAGAGACUCAAGAGGUCCAAUAAACUCAGGCUCAUACAGAAAGGAAAGUGACUUAAAGAAAAGUUCAGAUUCCAGCAAGCCAUACGUGGAAGAGUCUCGAUUAUCGAAGCUGUCGCGAAGAAUCCAGAGAGAGUCAGAGAGGGAAAGAAAGCUUGGGACAGCAAAACAACUAGUUGAUUACCUGCACUCACCUGAGGGUUCAAAGUAUGCUGCAAGGAAUGGAGAGGAGGUGUUGUCAACAUUAAAAGAUGUCUUCUUUGAAAGAGGGUAUAAGGAUGUGAAGAAUGAAAUUGUAUACUGUAUAGGACUGAUCGGCAGUCUGAUGGGACAGGAAGCUCACAGAUAUUUCAACUGGUUAUUUGGGCAAGUGAACAGUUUGAUAGAGGAUGAUGUUAGGGUGCUGUUUCUGGAUGCUCUGCUAGAGACAUUGAAAUGUGAUGAGAAGAAGCAGAAUACAGCUGAAUUUACACCUCUUGUACUGAAUCACCUACAGACAUUGUUAGAGAAUGCUGAUACCCCAGAGUUACUGGUAUCUGUGGUCACUGUUAUACUACAGAUUACCAAAGUCUACCCACUCAUCUUCCAGGAUUAUUUUAGGGACACAGUUGACAUUCUGGUCGGCUGGCAUAUAGACUCGACACAGCGUAAUGGAGUGAUAGACUUCACAUCAAAGGCUCUCAUAUCAUUUAAACAAUUCUGGGUAUCAGAUCAGCCAUUUACACAAGAACUUCUUGGUCAGUUCCUAGAAGAUAUGGAGGCUUAUGCAGAGGAUCUAAACAUAGUGUUACAAGAUAAGCAUGCAAAGUCGAGAGUUGACAUACCAGAUGAGGUGGUAAAGAUUGGAUCACUGUUGAAGGUUUUCUCUACUGUUAUCAAAAGUCUCGGUGAAGAUUUUGAUCCACACAAGUCAAGGUUGAUGAACAUGCAUUACUUUCUGGAGGUAUUUGAAAAGACAAUACAUGCAAUAGAUACAUCCAUGAAAUGUUACUUUUCUGAGUAUGUUGUAAUCACAGCUGAUGACUGUUUGUUUCUGCUGUUGAACCUCAUUAAACAGGAUAUUCUGUCAUGCCAGGAAACAUUGUUCAGUUAUGUUUCUACAGUUAUGUUUCCUGUACAUAGGGUCAGGAACAAAUACUCUUGUAUGGCAUUGAAAAUUAUGAAAAAGGUGAUAGAAUUAUUUGGUGUACAGCUGCCAGUACAAUGGUUAUCACAUGUAUUGAAGCCUGAUUCACUACUUCAUACUUGUAAAACAUCCAUCUCACCUGAGGUAUUAAAGGAGCUGUCAUCAGUUUAUCAGAGUCUGCUGAGUCUGAAAAGCAUUCCUUUGUUAGAGGAGACAUACAGGCACUUGUUGGGAGACAUACAGUGUGGGUUUAAUAGGUUACUCGAGAGUAGUGGAGAUGAUAACUUGAUAGAACUUGUACCUAACAACCCAUAUAGCAGUGUUAAAUAUAACAAACGUGAAGCCGAGGCCACAUGCAUAUUCUGUCUGUAUGUACUGGGGGAGAUAGGCAAUACCAAGAACAAUCUGAUUGGUAUGUGGGCAUUAUCACCAAGCCUGUUUGACUUGUACUGUAGACAUCUGGAUGUUGUUCGAGCAUCUAUUAGUAUACAGUAUCCAGCCUUACAGUAUGCCAUCUUACAGUCACUGUACUCUCAUGCUACCAGACAUGGGAAUUUCAUAUCAACAAGUGCGCUAUUUACCCAAAACACACCUUUGGAAGGAGCAUUACUUGCCAAUGUAAACCCCAGCACAAGCUCUAACUUUACACGGCUUCUCAAAAUGUUGGCAGACUUAUGUACACACUCUAAUACUGCAUUUGAUUGCAAACUGCUGGCUUUGAAGUGGGUAUCAGAGAUUAUAUCAAGCCUGAACACAAGUCAGCAUGUAUACACAACCCGGCAGUUCCUGACCUUGGUUCAAGCACUGUACCACCUUGGCUAUGACCAGGAGGAGGAAGUUGGUGCAUCUGUACAGUGUUGUCUUACUAGCCUGUUUAAAAACCCGAAAGCAUAUCCUAAAUAUAUUGUGAAGGGGUGUGUAAAGCUAUGUAUGUACAGACUAUCAGAAGGCAGUGGUAACCUGACAGAGGCAUACUUCUCUCUAUUAUGUUUGUUACCUGUCAAUGUGUCAGCUAGUAAAAACAAUGGUUUAUACAUGUUGGAUGAAGACAUGCAGUUGGUAUACAAUGAUUUGACAGUAGGAUUACCUGCAAUGUGGCAUGUUUGCAGAAACUACUCCACCAGGGUACCUCUCGGCUCAUUCCACUCUCACAACUUUAAACAAGUACUGGGAUACCUCCUUCAUAACAACCAUGUCAAACAAACUGGUUCUUUGGCAUGGUUAGAAUCUAUGUAUUAUUCUGCACAAAGAGUGAACAGUAAACCAGACUGGAAAACAGCAGAUGGUCAAUUCAUGCAGAACUAUAUAUCAAGAAAUACAAGUGUUCAGUGGUUCUGGGCUACAUGGGAAGCCUCCCAGUUCUGUAUACUAACAAGGUUGAAGACUCCACUAGGCAAGCCACAAGAGACUUUCAUGUCUAUAGAAGCUGUGCUGAAGUCACUGGCUAUUGAAAUUGAAAACCAGAAUACAGAGGAUGAAGGGAACUCAAGGAAAAACAAGAAGUUUGAGAGUGAGGACAAAGCUCUGAGAGUAAAGUUAUUGUUACAAUUCAUGGAACAUUUGGAAAAACAACUCUAUAAUGCUUAUGAAGGGGCUGCCAUUUCCAUGCCAGCUUUACCGAAGGCUGUAAGAACAUUUUUUCGAACCAACAAGAACACUUGCCAGGAAUGGUUGUCACGUAUACGUAUCUUCGUGCUGAAGAUAUCACUUCAUUGUGGAAUGUACACUUCUGUUGUAAGACAUGCUUCAGAGAUACUUCACGAGAUGAAGGAACUAGAUCAUACACAGGGGUCUGAGUUUGAGACGGUGAUACAGUUUAUGGUAGAAGCCCUGUGUCGGCUAGGAGAGGCUGAUGCCGUACAAGGGUUAUAUAACUGGUGUAAAGAUGUCAUUGGUAGAAAGAUUACAUGGAUCAAAGCUGCUGUAGAAAAAGCUUAUGGAAGGUAUGAGAUAGCAGCAAAGGAGUAUAGAACAGUGAUAAAGGUGUUGUUACAAUCAGAAGAGGAGGAGGAGACACAUCAUGAUAGUGAGACAAAGUCAGAUAAAAUUACCAGUAUCCUGAGUAAACCUGGAGCAAAUGAUACCAUUACAGCACCUUCCUCGGCUCUUACCACCAAAGUCAAUAUGUUUGUCAAUGAGGUGAUGGACUGUUAUAUACAGCUAAAUGACUGGGAAUCUGCUCUAGAGUGGCAGGAGGUAUAUACAAAACUACGUACAGAGAGUUCUCACAAUCUUUCCCAACCCACAUACAACAUGGAUAUGUGCUUAAUCAAGUCAGAUAUAUUAACAAAUAUACAAGAAACAAUGGAUGUAUGUAAGUCAGUAUUGAGGAUACAGGGGAUGGACUGGCCAAUUCUGGCUUCCUCUAAUGUGGUUGAGCUCUUGACUUCAGCUUCUACUCUCAAAACACACAUUGAAAUGGCUACAGGAAAGGUACCUAUGUUACCAUUGAGUGAGAGAUUAUCACUAGAUGAGUCAGAUCACAGUAUUAGUAUGUUUCUACAAGCCAUCCGUGCUGUAAAACUGCAGAACUUUGUUGCUGAUUACGGUAACCCUGAGUUGAGUGAUCAGCUGUGUAAACUUCAGUUAGCAACAUCCUCUUUGGCCAGAAAACAGCACAAUUUUAACCUGGCAGAAAGACUUCUGUUAGACCAGGCUGGUACCUUGCUUCAUGGAAUAUCAGAAAAUGACUCGGAUAUUGAUACACUUCAGAUUGCUCUCAAACAACUGUACAGUGUGUCCUCAUUGAAGAAACUAGACAUUUUAAGAAUAGAACGCGAGUCAGCCAAGCUUUUACACAGUGUCGGAGAGCCUUUGGAAUCUGUUGACAUUUUGUCAAAAAGUGUUGUCAAUUAUACAUGCUCUGAUAAAGUGCGUACAGCUUUAUGUAGUGAACUUUGCUCACGGUCACUGCUCACUCUGGUCAAGUGGUUACAGGUGGAUCAUAAAUUGUUAUCAAGUCUAGCAUUGAAGGUUGGUCAGGGUGACGGGAAGAACUCAGUAUCACAGAAUAUAGAACAGUUACUAGAGCUGGAAGAAAAGACAGCUGAAUGUAACCACACCCUUAUCAUAAAUGGAGCGAUUUCUGAUUUGAGGAUAGGAGAUAACCCUAUACUGACUGACACAGAUCGUAUAGUUGGUAGACUACUGCACCUGAGUACUAUACAAUGUGAUACUCUACCUAAAGCAUGGUAUGCUCUCGCAGGAUGGUGUUAUAAGUGGGGGAGGAAAGCUGUAGACAAUGCCAGUCAUGGUACUGUUCAACUCUUUCCAGAUGAGAGAACUCAGAUACUCUCACUACUUCCUCAGCCAAUCAGUAUGGAUGAGACAGAAGCAGUGUUGAACAUUCUGGGUCAGAUACAUUCUGGUAUGACCAGUGAGGAGGAUAUCAGUGAUCAAGAUCAAAGUCAGUAUGAUGAUGGUACAGAGACUACAAGACGUCAGUUGUUGGCUUGUAGUCCAGUCCUAAAGACAGCUGAUGAGAAAACUGUCGACAGUUUACUAGAAGUAUGGAGGGGAGUGGUAUAUAGAAUAUAUCACUACUACCAGCUGUCAGCCAGUGCUUAUUUCAAGUUUCUUAAACUAAAUGGAGGGAAUGACCCAUUGAAGGAAGACAACACUGAAGACUGUAAUGUUAUAAGUACAUUACGUGUACUCCGCCUACUUGUAAAACACGCCUGGGAGUUACGUAAUGUCCUUGAAGAUGGUCUGGCUGCCACGCCCACUGCUCCAUGGAAGGGGAUUAUACCGCAGUUGUUCUCCAGACUAAGUCACCCGGAGGGUUAUGUAAGACAGAGUAUAUCAGAUCUGUUAUGUAGAGUGGCAGAGGAUGCUCCACACCUGAUUGUGUACCCUGCAGUUGUAGGAAGUUCUACAACAGUACUUGAUACCAAAUCUGAAACUGGUUUGUUGAACAAUUACCUGACUGAGAAUGUAGAGGUUGAUGGUGACAUAGAAAAUACAGAAGAUGUAGGUUCCCAGGAUGAUGAUGAUUUACCUGCAGAGUUAGAGGCCGAGUCAAUGUUACACAGCUGUAUAUCAUCUAUGUUAAAUACACUGGCUGCAAACUUUCCACAAAUGAUUUCUGAUGUGAAGCAGCUGAUAGAAGAGUUGCGUCGUAUCACAUUACUGUGGGAUGAACUUUGGCUUGGUACAUUGAAUCAACAACACCAGGAUGUGGAGAGACGUAUUGCACAACUUGAAAAUGAAAUCAAGAAAGUGGAGAAGAACACGGCUCUCAGCAAGGAGGAGAAAACUGCCAUCAUUAAAGAGAAACAUAAGACUGUCCUUAAACCUACUGUUUACAUGAUGGAAAGAUUACAUGAGAUAACAUGCCAGACAACAUCCACUCCACAUGAGAAAUGGUUCCAGGAAACAUACGGUGUACUGAUUAGUAAUGCUCUAGAGAAACUGAAAAAUCCACCCAAUCCUAGUCAUCCUAGAGCUAGCUGGCAUCCAUUUAAACAGAUUCACGUAAGCCUGCAGAAUAAGGCUCAGAAGCGUAGCAGUCUUGUACUUACCAUGGAUGACAUAAGCCCAAAGCUUUACUCUCUACGUAACACAGUGAUCGCAAUGCCAGGGCUGGGGACUGCAGGGCAGAUUGUUACCAUUGAGUCUGUAUCCAACACUGUUCAGAUACUCCCUACAAAAACCAAACCCAAGAAACUUGUUUUUAAAGGAUCAGAUGGCAAAAGAUACCCUUACCUGUUUAAAGGCCUAGAAGAUUUACAUUUAGAUGAAAGGAUCAUGCAGUUUUUGAACAUUGUCAACAAUAUGUUUGCCUCUGCCAACAAGGGAAGUCAUGAGCUAUAUAGAGCACGCCACUAUUCUGUCACUCCUCUGGGUCCCAGGUCAGGUUUGAUCCAGUGGGUGGAUGGUGUUACACCACUGUUUGCCUUGUACAAGAGAUGGCAGCAGAGAGAGGCUUUGAUGCAAAUGUUAAAACAACAGGCAGCUUCUGGUUCUAGUUCUACAGCACAGCAGCCAUCUAUACCAAGACCCAGUGAAGUCUAUUACAAUAAACUGACACCUCAGUUAAGGGAGAAGGGUAUCAAGGAUUUGGAAAGCAGCAGGAAGGACUGGCCUAUCUCUGUGCAGCGUAAGGUGUUAGAGGAGCUGAUGUCCGAGACACCCCGUGAUUUACUUGCCAAAGAGCUGUGGUGUACAAGUACAGGGCCUAAUGAAUGGUGGUAUGUUACACAGACAUAUGCUAGGUCUACAGCUGUAAUGUCUAUGAUUGGAUAUAUCAUAGGUCUUGGUGACAGACAUCUUGAUAAUGUGAUGGUAGAUCUAGCCACUGGAGAGGUUGUUCAUAUAGACUACAAUGUGUGUUUUGAGAAAGGAAAAGGUUUACGUGUGCCAGAGAGAGUACCAUUCAGGUUGACCCAGAAUAUAGAAGCUGCCCUUGGAAUCACUGGUAUUGAGGGAACAUUCCGUUUGGCAAGUGAACAUGUUAUGAAAACUCUGAGGAAAGGACGUGAGACAUUACUUACACUGUUAGAAGCAUUUGUGUAUGAUCCACUGGUAGACUGGACAACUGGUAAUGAAGGAGGUUAUACUGGGGCAUUCUAUGGUGGGGAACUUGCUACAGGCACUAAUGCCAUGGAGAGUAGACAAGGGAAGUUAGACAUGGAAAGGGAGAUCACUACUAGUAUGUUCUCUAUUAGAGUUGCUGAAAUGAAGGUGGCUUGGCUUCAAAACAGAGAUGAGAUGGUUCUAGUAUUACCACGGAUACAGUUACACCUAGAUGAUCGUACACAGAGAAUUACAGAGUACUCUGAAUGUAUGCAGGAAGAGGAGAAAUUGCAGGGACUGAAACAAGUUGUUAUAGAGGCAUUGUCUAACAGUAACAGUUCCAUAUUUACAUUACAUGACAGGUAUAAAGAGUAUAUUGUUAUCAAGAACACUAGAGAUGCUGUCAACAAACUGGUAGAGGAGAAAAUUACUGACUGCCUUAACUGGCAACAAAUGCAUAAGCAUGUGAUGAUGAAGAUCCAGGGAUCAGCCUUCCAGAAGAUGUGUGCUGACAUAGCCUCUUCACUUAACCUGGGUACACCAAGUUUUGCUACAGCUAAAGAGUUCUUGCAGGGGGCAGGACAAGGCUCUAUCAUACAACAGUGUGAACAAGUAGAGAAUGAACUAACAUCCAACCUUCAGAUUCAGAGAGCCAAUCUUCACCGAGUGAUAGAUGUUCUACAUACAUAUGGAACUAUUGUGUCACAGUUUGGAGCUAGUUUCGCAGAUAACACAAGAACAAGCAACUAUCUGCAUUGGCUGAAGGAACUCUCCUUGGAUUUUACUGACAAUAAGUGUGCAGAGAUUGUUCAUCAUUUCCAUGACAUGUAUGGUGACUCUGUUGUCUCUCAGACUAAAAUACAGCUGGUACUGGGCACAGAGCUGAAGCUACAGACUAUAAUACAAGAUGCCAAUGCCAGGCUUAUCAAGCUGUUGGAUCGUAGAAAGAUGGAGAAGGUAGAAGUGAGACUGUUAGAGUUACAAGUACAGGAAAGUAAAGCUGCCAUUGAUGUUUUUGUUAAAGAGAAUGGAGAGUGUGGAGAGAGCAGUUUGACAGCAGUUAUUGUGACAGCUCUAUGUGCCCUCAAUAAACGUAACAUACAGAUGGAGGCAGCUGCUACAGGUGUAGGAGAUAGGUUGAUGGAUUUAACAUCUCGGGAUGGUGACUGGUUCCUAGAAGAACUUUGUAGUAUGAGUGGCAAUGUCUCACAGUUUCUAGAUAUGAUCAAAUCCAGCCAGCAGGUUGGUGAAGACAGUGAACAAUUUUUUGUCUUAUACAAGGGAAUGAUGUCUACACACAAUGUAUAUACAGCACUUCAGGACCUGAAUGUGAAUUUCCGCACCAUUAUUCUACCAGAGGCAUUGAAGAUAAUACAAAGCCAGGAACCAUCAGUUUUCAGUAUACUGUCACAGCUGGAAACCAUCCUGUCUGAGACCGGAUACCCUCUAGAUACCAUAAUAUCACAGCUAGAAAUGCUACAUAGAAAUGCUGUCAUGGGUAUAAAGACUGAGAAUAGUGAGUUAUUGACAAGUAUAGAGGGUAUCAAAAGGCAUUUCCUACAGUUACUGGAUGGUGGUGGUUGUCAGGAACUUACACCAGGGCAGAUGUUACUAAUGGGAUUUAAUGGCCUGUUUACACGACUAGAUGAUGAGUUUAACACUCUGCUAGAAUGUAUGGAUAUGAUGAUAGUACCUGAUAUCUGGAAGAAAGUAGAUGUGAUCAGAGAGGCUAAAUCUUUACAGCUGUCAUCAUUUACUGUGGACACAAGAAGCCUCCUGUCUAGCCUAUUUUUCAUCCGACGUUUACAAGUGAUGCAAGAAUUCUUCCAUAUGUGUACACAGUUUGCAGCUGCCAUACAGGGACUAGAGGGAGGUAACUGCUAUGAUGAUGAACAACUUACCAGACCUGUGAAACGAUUUAUUGCUGACUAUGUCAGAAAACAGAUAAUUGGAUUUCCAUCACAAGUUCUUGGGUAUAUUUUGUGUAUGACAAUACACAGUAUGGGUCUUGAUGUUACAGCUGAGGUGGAGCUUAAAGAUAUAGGGGCAGAGUCAAAAGCCCCACUAGAGGAGAUAUGUAAGAAAGCUGUUGACUUGUGUUUGAGGAAUGGUCAGUUCCAGCAGAUGCAUUUUACUCAAGCUAGUACACUGACCAGUGGUCAAGAUGCUUCAUGGAGGAGACAUGAUCUUACAAGGAGAUUGGAUUCGAACAUAGAAUUACUGAAGGGUAGUCUACAGCGGGCACAGCUUCAUGUGACACGGUUACACUGGCUACAUGAGGAUUUAUUUAUACAAGCUGGGGGACAACCCAACCACCUGAUGGUAGCUAACAGGGCAUCCAUCAUGUCAGAAAUCAAGAAGUGUAUGCAGGCACUGGUUACCCAGGAGACAAGUCUGGCAUCAUGUCAGAAUCAGUACACACAACUGGAGUCCAGUAUUACACAGAGACUUAAGUGGGCAGCAGGGGCCAACCCUUCCCUUAACCUUAUACUACAACAGUUUGAGGAAGCCGGUUUGAUCAGAAAGCAACUUGCAAAGGAAGAAUCGAAGCAUUCAGAAGAAGUGAUCAACUUGUGUCAGGGUAUACUCCAUCUAGAAGCACUCCGUACACGAACACCAGAGGCCAUGGCGUCAGAUACCAACUUUUUGAGUCUUAUCAAAAAAUGUAAUGACAGUUGUAUAAUGGUGACAUCCUCCAGUUGUUCUGUCACUGAGGCAGAGGCAGAGUUGAUGGAAAUAAAGCCAUUAGAGGAGGGGCAGAAAACUGAUACACCCUGGCUGAAAUCUGCACAGAAAGAAAUCAAGGUUAAGUUACAAGAGCUAGAUAAGAAAAUCAUGACACUGAAGACAAACAUUGAUGAGGCCAAGGAUGGUAUAAAAAGUGAAGUGAACAACAUCAAGACAUUACUGACUAUACAUCAUAAAUUGAUGUCUGAUAUCAGAGCUAUUCUCAAAUCUUUAGCCAAGCAAGAAGAACAGGAAUAUGGAGAUCAAGUAAAUGAGAAUGGUAUACGAGACUACCUGAAUCUGUAUAAAAAGUUCUCAGAAAAUCUCACCAUGACCCUUAAAAUGAUAGUCAGUGAUGAUUUCACAGAGGACAGUAUGACUGAAACAAAAUCACUCAUUGAGGCUUUACAAACACAGAUUCCUCAGAUAUAUGAAGAUCUUAUAGCACUAGCACCACCACUCAUUAGUAACAAGGAAGAUUCCAGAAAUACAAGUCCUCUCAGUUUUGCUACAGCAGUGAAAAAGCCAAUGAGUGCUGAAGAUGGACAGGUGCGUCGUUCAUCAGUACUUUACAAUACCCCACCCACUGGAAGUCCACAGGUCACUGGGCUGCCUAACAAGUCAUCUGUAUCAACGCCUGUACGGAAAUCUGAGAAGAUCACGCGUGAUCCAAAGACAGGCAAAGCUAUACAGGAAAGAAACAGUUAUGCUGUAGGUGUGUGGCGUCGAGUAAAGAUGAAGCUAGAUGGUAGAGACCCAGAUCAGAACAAGCGUCUUUCAGUUGCUGAACAGGUUGAUUAUGUGAUCAAAGAUGCAACAAGCCUCGAUAACCUAGCCGUGCUCUACGAGGGUUGGACACCUUGGGUGUGAAGUCAGCAUGCUGUAAUAACAUGGGCUUAAAUCUAUAACACUCGGUACCCGUAAAAGGGGGGUCACAUGACCUCUACGAACGUGGUGCUGCAGUACACAAGGUCACUGUAGAACGAGGAAAAAAAAAUACCAUCAUAGCUAUGUAACUACUCACAGGUCCGGCCAGAGGGCCUUUAUAUGGGAGUGUAGCUGAUGGUUUGGAGAACAUUUAUAGAGAACAAUCCACUGUGUUUUUGUGCAGAGGGAUGACAAGAAGCUUGAUCUUUGAUUUUCAUUUUUAUUGUAGAAUAUCUAAACUACACAUCUUGUAAAAUCUUGUCUGAAUUUUUUUUAAAUUAAGCAAUGUCUUCAUUGUGUAAGUCUGCUAUAUCAUUGUAUCUACUUGACAGAAUUUAGAUUGUUUGAUGAACAAAUAAUUUGGUUGAUUUAAAAACGUCUUUUUAAUCUUGUAACAAUGAAUAAGCCUUUCUUUGAAACACAUUUUUUUCGUGUAUUUACUUAAUGGGACAAACUUGUUUGAUGAUUUAUUGUUUAGAGUUUGGUUUAUAGUCUAUUUGUCCUUUUUCUAAUCAAUCUUAAUUAGUACAGUACAGGUCUUUAGUUUUGUCCAGAAUGCAAACCGGGAUCAUGUAUUUUGAUACACACUUAAAUGUGUAAAUUAUGGAUAUCAAUAACAAACUAGUGGUUGUAAUUUGGAGAAAACCCUCAUACAUAAACUUCAUUUUCAUUAAUUGUUUAGAAUUUUCGGAGAAAAGAAACCAUGACUAUUUUUCUAAGUUUCCAUUUAUGAUAAUAGCUAAAAAAAUCUUGAUCAGUCGAUGUUUAACCAAUCAUCAGGCCACAUUAUGUUUAUACAUUUCUAUAAAAUGGUUACAAGACUCAUAUGGCUAAUUUAGGUGCUUCUUUGGCAGAAAGUUUUAAAACAAGUUCAGUUGUACACCUAUAACUUUAUUGAUUAAAAGAUGGGUACUAUCUCAUGUUCUAAUGCAGCUUUUGUCUAAAAAUGAGACGUUCAUUUAUUGCAAGUUUAUUUCCAAUAGUUUUUGCUCUUAGUCAAACUAUUGGACCGCUAUUAACUACUUUUAUUAAAAAAAAAUUUUAAUCAUUUAAAAAACUUCCACAGUACACAUUACUUAGAAUAUCUAAGCAUAAAAAAUGUGCUUUUCUAACAGACAAAAUAAAGAGACAUUGCUUAAUUUUGCAUGAUGUGUAAUUGAACUAGAAUUAUUCUAAUUGUAUUCUACAACAAGUGUGCAAAUCAGAGAUAGUAUGAAUGGAAUCAAAAGCUUUUAAUCUGUAUCUGAAUGUUGUGUUGUUUACAUUCAACAUUUUGAGGGUUGAUUUGCUGUGGACAUAACAAAAGUGCAGAAGUCUUUUCAGACAUUUAAAAAUACAUGUGUUACACUUAUAUGUAAGUAUGUAAGUUCCAAAAUGAACCAGCAUAUAGGCUGUGUUUACAAGUUGAAUUGUGUGUACAUAGUGUUUAUUUCUUAUUUUCAUUUUAUUAUUAUGUUUUAGUGUAGUAAAUAAGGAAGAAAAAAAAAGAAAAAAAGGUUUUGUUUAUAUUUUAAAUGAUUUCUUUGUUUAUUAUAUAUUUCAAAUGCACUUUGUAUUAUAUAAAAUAUGCCUUUUAUGGAAACAAGUUGAUGUGACCAGUUUAUUAUAUACAUGCAUCAUUAGAAAGUCAUACAUUAAUAUAACUGUAGUUAUCUUGAAAACAUAUUCAUAACUGUAAAAAUUCAUCUUUGUGGUUUCAUGAACCAUCUGUCAUUUUUUUUUCAUCAUACACGACUUUUCAAAUUAAUGUUAGUAAGGAUUUUGUUAUAUAUUCAAGAGUCAUUACUUAUGAAAAGUUAAAAACUGCUUAUUUUGAUUUUCAUUUUUUUGGGGGGGGGACGGGAGAGAAGAGAUAGCCUUGUUUGGUAAUGAAGACCUCUGUGCGACCAGCAUAAAGAAUAUCAAGGCUGGUACAUCAGUCUGUCCAGGCUUUGUAUAAUGUUACCACCUCCCUAUAACUAUUGAAAGUUUGAUCUGAACUCAGAGCAAAACAUGUCCAUUUGACAAGUUCAAUAAGGUAAUGGUUACAAUAAAAAAUUGGCAUAUAAAUUUUUUUACCUAGUUGGCAAAAUACUUUAUUAUUGUACAUUUUGUAUCACAUCUUGUGUAUAUAUAUAUUUAUCUUUUCAUUAUUUGCAAAAUACAUCAGGUCAAGCUGACUUGAAGUGUACAUUGGAGAUGUAAUGUGAAAGUUUCAUAUUGAAUUGUUAAUUCAUAACUGAGACACAGUUAACUUACUUUAUUUAUGAUGAUAUCAUUGUAAUAAUUAAUGUUCAAUAUGUUAAGGUAAAGGAGGAAGUGAAGGCAAUUAUGGAGGGUUCAAAAGAUACCUAUCUGUGUGCAUGCCGAUAAGGAAGGAAUGGACAUUAAAACAUGUCUUGCAUUAAUCCAUUAGUGGUCCAUUGUAUGUCUUACCCGUUAAUAAUGAUUUUAUGUUGAUUACAUAAUAUUUGAUAUUAUAUCCCAACCAUCAUAUUCAUUACAUUAAUUGAUACAUUUAUUGGAAAAUAUCAAUCAAAUUUGUGUUCAUUUGAACCUAACUUAUCCAUGAUAUAUAAAAAUGUAAAAUAAGAUAUUUUCCCCCUAUUCAUAUUAUUUGAACUUGAGUAAAUUUUAUAAUUUCGUCAUUCUCAAACUAGUUUCUGUUGUAUUAUUAGAAAAAGAAAUUGUUUUGUUAUUUUGUGGAGUGUUUCUUUUUGAUAUGAUUUGGAAAUCAUUUGUUCACUUGGUAUUGAAUUAAUCUACUACAUUUGUUUUUCUACUUGUAAAUGAUACAUAUAUUUUUGUUCACAUUUAUGUUUAAUUGUAAUCUGGUGUUAUAUGUAUGUUUUUUGAGCCCGCUUAUAGUUUGUAUAAUCAUAGGGUAGUAUUUAGAGCCUGAAUUGAUUAAAAAAAAGUUUUUUAAGUAGUAAAAUGUUGAUGUGACAGUACUAGAAGUUAGCUGAAAUAUUUAAACUGCUAUCACAUUGCAGUGUAUGAAUAUGUUAAUAUUUUUGUGUUAAAUUUUCAGAUAUAACAUACAUGUAAUAAUAUUUUAACAUGUUCCUUAUUACAGUCACAUAAGACUAUAAUCAUGGACAUGAUAAAUGUGUUGCAUUAUGUAACAAAAAUAAAAUCUAUUUAUCAUGUGGAAUAUUUGAGAUGUGCCCACAAAUAAUCAUUAUCCAUAUAAACCAUUCACAACAAAUAGAAUGUCAUAGGUUUGUAAUACUCUGAUUCUGGUGCAUGUUAUUUUAUACAUGUAGAAAAGAUGUGACUGGACAUUGCUAAGUAUAGUUACUGGACUUCUAGAGAAUAUGUGCUCUUAAUUGUUUAGUCCAGGGAUGAUUAUGUUUAAGAUAUGUGAUGUAUUAAUAUUUUAGAUGCUAUAACCUGGAUAUGUGAUGUUUUUUGUUACACCGGACAUUGUUUCAGUGUUAUUAUCUUCCCAUGUUUUUUGUUUUGUUUUUUUCAUUGGUUCCUUAUAGUAUUUUGUAUUCUAUUUAGUUAGGUUUCAUCAGUAGUUAGUAUGGAUAUUGUCACAAUAAGUGUUGUAUUUGCUUUAAAUAAAAUUGGUGUUUUGGAA